ACACAUGCACAGUGACUAAUUACCAGGUUUCAAUUAGUGCCCACGAUGCGGCAGCCCUGGAAUUCACCCACCUGAUGGCAGCACUGGAAGGGACGCGGUUCUGCCCUGCUUUCCUUUCACCUUCAGAAGCACUCAGCCAACUUUUGGAAUUCGCUGCCUUGGCUUUGAUAGAGAAAUUGCGAUGUACGGUUAAAUGACAGCGGUGCAGAACGCUGUUACAAUUGAAGUCUGGAAAAUGAACUUUAAUAAAACUCUCUCCGGCAAUAUAUACUGCGACGGCACUUUCAUUCUCCCCGCUACGCGGCGAGAUGCCGCAGCAGCCUCGAGCCACGGAGAGCAGACAGCGUGCGGAUAAACGGCCCCAGAACCUCACGGAGAGCACUGACACCUAGCGGGGCAGCACGGCGGGGCUGCGCAGCGUCUCUUUGGCUUUAGCUGAUGGGAGAACGCUAACAGCAGCCUCUUGUCUUGCUGAACAGCAGGCGCCGGCUUGGUGCUCGCGCUGCUGUGAGCGCAUUGCUUUGCAGCUCUGAUGGCUGCUUUGCAGUUCUGAUGACUGUUUUACAGCUCUGAUGGCUGCAGCUCUGAUGACUGUUUUGCAGCUCUGAUGGCUGCAUUACAGCACUGAUGACUGCUUUGCAGCUCUGAUGGCUGCUCUGCAGCUCUGAUGGUUGCUUUGCAACCGAUCGCUGCUGGCUCCCGCUCCGUCAAGGCGCCACGGGUGCAGAGGGAGGGCUUGCUGCGGGUCGGUACUGAGUUUGAAGCACGAAGAGGAGCAGCUACGUGCCCGGUGCGAUGACAAGGGGGAACGGCUGUAAGCCAGCCCGGGGAGGCGCGGAGCUCCGUGCGCAUGCGCUGCGGCGGCGCCGCCAUGGCGCUGCUGCGCUCGCUGUGCUCCGUGCUGUGGCUCUGCGCGCUGCGGGUCCCCGCGGGGCCCGGCGCUGCCGCCCGAGGGCUGGACGUGGCUUCGUACCGGGAGCGGGUGCGCGCCAUGUUCUACCACGCCUACGAGCACUACCUGGAGAGCGCGUUCCCGUACGACGAGCUGCGGCCGCUCACCUGCGACGGGCACGACACGUGGGGCAGAUCCUGGGAAAUGUCACCGAGUUCCAGCGCGUGGUCACCGUGCUGCGGGAAGGGCUGGAUUUCGAUAUCGACGUCAAUGCGUCCGUCUUCGAAACGAAUAUCCGAGUGGUUGGUGGCCUCCUUUCUGCUCACUUGCUGUCCAAGAAGGCUGGCGUUGAGGUGGAGGUGGGAUGGCCCUGCUCUGGACCUCUCCUGAGGAUGGCAGAGGAAGCAGCUCGCAAACUGCUGCCAGCUUUUCAGACUCCCACUGGGAUGCCCUAUGGGACAGUGAACUUGUUGCAUGGAGUAAACCCUGGGGAGACCCCGGUUACCUGUACUGCUGGAAUUGGUACUUUUAUAGUGGAAUUUGCCACUUUAAGCCACCUUACUGGUGACCCAGUGUUUGAGGAUGUUGCCAGGAAGGCUCUGAAGGCACUGUGGAAAAACCGCUCAGAUAUUGGACUGGUCGGUAACCACAUUGAUGUGGUAACUGCCAAAUGGGUGGCCCAAGAUGCUGGCAUUGGAGCAGGAGUGGACUCCUACUUUGAAUACCUUGUUAAAGGAGCCAUUCUCCUGCAGGACAAGGAGCUGAUGUCCAUGUUCCUAGAAUAUAACAAAGCUAUCAAAAAUUACACAAAGUUUGAUGACUGGUACCUCUGGGUUCAGAUGUACAAAGGAACAGUAUCCAUGCCUGUUUUUCAGUCCCUGGAGGCUUACUGGCCAGGCCUGCAGAGCCUAAUUGGGGAUGUGGAUAAUGCCAUGCGAACCUUCCUCAACUAUUACACUGUUUGGAAGCAGUUUGGUGGGCUUCCUGAGUUCUACAACAUUCCUCAGGGCUACACAGUGGACAAGAGAGAAGGAUACCCACUGAGGCCAGAGCUGAUUGAGAGUGCAAUGUAUCUGUACCGUGCUACACGGGAUCCCAUACUCUUAGAACUGGGAAGAGAUGCAGUGGAGUCGAUAGAGAAGAUCAGCAAGGUGGACUGUGGGUUUGCAACUAUCAAAGACUUGAGAGAUCACAGGCUGGACAACCGCAUGGAAUCCUUCUUUUUGGCUGAAACAGUGAAGUACUUGUACCUACUGUUUGACCCAGACAACUUCAUUCACAACGACGGAUCAGACUUUGAUGUUGUGAUCACCCCUUAUGGCGAAUGCAUCUUGAAUGCUGGAGGGUACAUUUUCAACACCGAAGCUCAUCCCAUAGACCCUGCAGCACUGCAUUGCUGUAGGAAGAGGAAAGAAGAGCAGUGGGAAGUGGAAGACUUAAUGAGGGAGUUUUACUCACUUCAGAAAAACAAGAAAUUCCCCUUAAAGCAGACUUCUGACUGUGGUGAAGGGGAAUGUGCAAAAGACCCCACGGGUGCAUCUUUAGGUGGAAAGAAAAGAAACUCUAAGAAGAGCUCACACUCCCUUUUGAGUUGCCCCAGUCAAUCUUUUAACUCUAAACUUGCUGUACUGGGACAGGUCUUCCUGGACAACACUUGAUUAUAUGUUUAUUAUCAGUAUAAAUUACUGAACUUGAUCCAGACUCUGGGAAUAUAUUUUUAUAGUUUCAUAAUGGGAAAAGUCAUACCUCACAAUGUGAAUUGUAUGAAGUGAAAAAAACUUUGCAUUAAAUUCUGCUGCUGCUGGUUCAUAAAUGUGAUUCACACAUUAGCUGUUGAUACUAUGAAAUUGCUAACCUCAAAA